AUGUCUAAUCGACGUGAACGGCCAGUGCUACUUGGUGAAUCUGAUAGUACCUCUCCCGACACGCUGCCUUGUUUUCAUCCACUGAAUGACAGAACCACAGAAGCUUUUCUAACCCGUAGCGUUGGAGAGCAGACAGCCCUCUCUCCUGUUACGCCGGAUCGUGCACGCGACAAUCGCGUUCCCCAGAGGAUCAAAGAGCUUGAAUUCGGUAUGGAAGACUCUAAACCCAAUACCGACUAUCACAAAUUCAGUAUCAAAUACCUCCUGAACCCAACAGUUGAGAGCAUGCCAUCAGAACCACCCGUCCCAAGCGUCGAAAUCGACAACACAUCGAGGAAGGAUAUUGGUACGAAACCUCCUGCAACAAGGUCUGAAAUGUCAAAGAGCUUACAAAAAGCCCCAGGUCAGGUGUAUUGGUUCUCCGGCUUUCCAAAGACCCCACCGGCGGGACCUGGAGCAUCUCAACCAUCUCCAGUUAGUCCCACGGCGGAUUCCGCGCGCCAUGCUGCUUGGGAUCCGAUGACUGGGGCAAGAGUGUCCGGAACCGGACUUCGAAGCUCGUUUGGUUCUGCGCGCUCUCCUUCGAUUUCAGCUGGAAGCCAGUGGAGAAUCGAGCGUGUCUUUGGCCCUGACAAACCCUUCCCAACCCAUCUACUCGCUCAGCUCGACGAAUGGCACAGCCGAUCCCCAGAAGAAAGCCCACCCAGCGCGUUGAAAGUCCUAAGGUCAACUCUGGAUAAGUGGUUCCCUUUCAAAGUUUUCAACUUUGAUGGCGAUGAGUAUGAGUUAUCAGCCUACAAGGUUGCUUACAAGAGAAUCGGCGUUCCCGCAAAAGGAACCGCAUACACCAUGUUGGUCCUGCAUUCUGAAAACGGAUUUGAAAACGAAACAGAAAAGGAACUGCGAAAUGAUGUGUUCGUCGGCCUCAUACAGAAUCCUCCGAGUGUUCGCAAUGUCAAGCAGAAUUGGCGGGCUACCUUCCUAGUGAUCUGGCUUGGUUUGAAGUCUAAUUUUAGUUUCGAGCACCAAGUGUGUGCCGCAAAGGUCUCAAAGAUCAAUGCGGAUGAUGAAAGCGGUAUUAAGUUUCGGGCAGGCAUGUUUGGCCAUAGUGGCACAAUCACAAACAGCUCUCGUGUCUGUUCCCGCCUUACUGGCUCUAGCCAACCAAGCAGUCCUCGUGUGACCCCCGAGAAAGCUCUCGUACAGGGAGCCAGUUCACAGAAAGACGGUCUUCUGUCUUUUGAGUCGCCUGCGAGCCCCUACCAUGGGGUAGCCCUUGGCAGCCCUAUGGAAAUGGCGUCGGCGGCUAGGCUUACACUUCCUGAGACGCCUCCGGAUCCCUAUGAGGCAACGCACGACAGUCAUAUCCCAGUUAACCUGUCAAAGUCUGGGAACCUUGGAUGCGGACCAUCUACCAAGCAACGUGAAACAAAGGUGGAUCUGGGAUCAAUUCGGUUCAAGUUACUUUCAUCGAAUUCGAACAAAGCCCGCCACUUCCCAGCGAACGGAUGCAACGUUGAGUCUUUUUUUAAGAAGGCUCAAGAUUUCUUUGGCAAUAUGCAGACCGAAGAAGCUGGGCUGUGGUGCAAGAUUCCCGGGGCAGGUGAGGAGCGGUAUCUUGGCAAAGGUUGUCAAGAGGAGUUCGAGAUGCUGUGUCGCGAUGUGGCCACGCUCUCGCUAGAGAAUAAUGAGGAGCGAGUCAUCGAGGUUCGGCUCCACGAGUAA